GGCACCUGACAUGGGCCCCUGCGGGCCCUUCAACCUCAGCCUGGUCGGCGAGGCGACCACGUGCGAAGCACCCGGGGCUCCCAACGCGUCGGCCCCGCCGCCGUCGGGCCGUCCGAGUGCGUCCCCGGCGCUACCCAUCUUCUCCAUGACUCUGGGCGCCGUGUCCAACAUGCUGGCACUGGCGCUGCUGGCGCAGGCCGCGGGCCGCCUGAGACGCCGCCGCUCAGCCGUCACCUUCUUGUUGUUCCUCGCCAGCCUGCUGGCCACAGACCUGGCAGGCCACGUGAUCCCUGGCGCGCUGGUGCUGCGCCUGUACAAUGCGGGGCGCGCGCCGGCCGGCGGCGCCUGCCACUUCUUAGGCGGCUGCAUGGUCUUCUUCGGCCUAUGCCCGCUGCUGCUGGGCUGCGGCAUGGCCGUGGAGCGCUGCGUCGGCGUCACGCGGCCGCUACUGCACGCGGCGCGCGUCUCCACGGCCCGCACGCGCCUGGCGCUGGCCGCGCUGGCCGCCGUGGCCUUGACCGUGGCGCUGCUGCCGCUGGCGCGUGUGGGUCGCUACGAACUGCAGUACCCGGGCACCUGGUGCUUCAUUGGCCUGGGCCCGGCGGGUGGCUGGCGCCAGGCGCUGCUCGCCGGUCUCUUUGCUGGCCUCGGCCUGGCCGCGCUGCUUGCCGCGUUUGUGUGCAACACGCUCAGCGGCUUAGCCCUGCUGCGCGCCCGUUGGCGCCGCCGCUCUAGACUGCGCUCCCCACCCUCAGGCCCGGACGCUCGCCGCCGCCGCUGGGGGACGCGCACAGCGUCCGCCUCGUCGGCCUCGUCAGUCGCCUCUGCCUCCGCCGCCUUUGGCGGCUCCCCGGGCCGCGGCUCGACGCGCGGAGCCCGAGCCCACGAUGUGGAGAUGGUGGGCCAGCUCGUGGGCAUCAUGAUGGUGUCGUGCAUCUGCUGGAGCCCGCUGCUGGUGUUGGUGGUGUUGGCUGUCGGGGGCUGGGGCCCCAGCUCCUUGCAGCGGCCGCUGUUUCUGGCCGUGCGCCUCGCCUCCUGGAACCAGAUACUGGACCCCUGGGUGUACAUCCUGCUGCGCCAGGCCGUGCUGCGGCAGCUGCUUCGCCUCCUGCCACCGAGGGCCAGCACCAAGGGCGGCCACGCGGGGCUGGGCCUGACCCGGAGCGCCUGGGAGAUCAGCUCGCUGCGCAGCUCCCGGCACAGUGGCCUCGGCCACUUCUAA